AUGACAUUGGUAGUGCCAGGCAGGAUCCACGCCUUCCACUACUCGUCCCAUGCCCUACUCACUCUGGACGGCCUGAUUCAACUCAACGGGCACCUCUCUCCUCCACAGACUCAGCAGGUCCCAUCUGGAGACCACACUCCCAACCAGCCCGUUACCCAUCAACCCCUCCUCUGGACUACACUGCCGAAAAAGAUCUGCCCGGACACCCCCACGAUGGAAAGCACCUUCGCCAUCGUCUUCCUCUCUCUCAUUGCCUGCUGGGACGUUUCAGAAGCCCAGCUGGGCGUCUGUAAAUUUUACGAAGAGUGCGGCCCCAACCCAACGGUGAAUAGCAGCCUGAUCCCCUCCAUCAUCCCCUGCGUGGACAACAAUCGGGCCAGGCGACUGCAAGGCCUGCACUACCUGAGGCUGAAGAAGGUGUGCCCGAUGUUGGACAACGGACCGGGCAACACCUCCGCCUGCUGCUCGCUGAAGCAGCUGGGGUCCCUGGAGAGCAGCAUCGCCCUCUCCAAGGCCGUGCUGAUCCGCUGCCCGUCCUGCGCCACCAACUUCGCCCACCUGCACUGCAUCAACACCUGCAGCCCCGACCAGGACCAGAUCGUCAGGAUCAUCCGCACCACCAACGUGACCGUGGACAACCAGACCAAGGAGGCCGUGCUGGCCUACCAGGCGUUCAUGAGCGCCGAGUUCGCCGACAGCGCGUUCAACUCGUGCAAGAACGUGCGCAUCCCCUCCACCGGCGGCUUCGCCAUCGGCACCAUGUGCGGGCGCUACGGCGCCGCGAACUGCACCGCGCAGCGCUGGUACGACUUCCAGGGCGACUCCAGCAACGGCCUGGCCCCGCUCGACAUCGACUUCCGGCUGGUCCCCGAGGGCGACCCGGUCCCCCCCGGCAUCGUCCCCUACGCCGGACGGGUGCUGGCCUGCAACGAGAGCUCAGAGCCCGAGGGCCAGCCGUGUUCCUGUCAGGACUGCGUGGAGUCCUGCCCCGUCAUCCCCGCCCCGCUUCCCCCGGGAAAGCCCUUCGCGAUCGGGGGGAUGGACGGGGCGCUGGUGCUGUGCCUGAUUAGCUUCUCGCUGCUUUGCCUGGUCUUCCUGGGCUACCUCCUGCUGAUGGCGUUCCUGCACGGCCGCAGCUGCGAUGCGGGCAAAGACGAAGGAAAGGACAAGAGCGGCAAGGAUCUGUUCCGAGCCGUCGACCCCACGAAGUUCAGCUUCUCGGAUAAGGCCAGCCUCGCCAUGCAGGACUUUCUGGGCUCCCUGUUUGAGCGAUGGGGGACGUUGAUGGCCAGACAUCCCUUCAAGGUGCUGCUGAUGUCUCUGCUCGUGGUGGUGGUGUUUGCCACAGGACUGGUCUACAUCGAGCUGACCACCGACCCUGUGGAGCUCUGGUCAGCCCCCAACAGCCGAGCUCGCAAAGAGAAGGACUUCCACGACAAGUACUUCAAUCAGUUCUUCCGGACAAACCAGGUCAUCCUGACUGCUCCUGGGCGUCUGGGCCACUCCUACGACUCCCUGCUUUUCGGCAAACAGAACUUCAGUGGCAUCCUCUCCAAAGAUCUCAUUAUUCAGUUGAUGGAGCUGCAGUCGAGGAUACAGGCCAUACAAUUCUGGUCGGAUGAGCUGAGCCGCAAUGUCAGCCUCAAGGAUAUCUGCUACGCACCCCUGAACCCCAACAACCCAUCGCUGAUGGACUGUGCCGUCAACAGCCUGCCUCAAUACUUCCAGAACAGUCUUGAGAACCUGAAUGCUAAGGUCAACAUGACGAAUCUGGGGGUGACCCAGGAGGUGGACUGGAGGGACCACUUCAUCUACUGUGUUAACUCCCCGCUGUCUUUCCAAGACAUCACCGACCUGCGCCUGAGCUGCAUGGCAGACUAUGGCGGCCCUGUCUUUCCUUUCCUGGCUGUGGGCGGAUAUGACAAUGAAGAGUACACCACAGCCGAGGCCCUGAUCAUGACUUUCUCCCUGAACAACUACCCACGAGGCACCACCAAGUUCACACUGGUCGAGAGAUGGGAGCAGAUGUUCCUCAACAUAAUGAGAGAGUACAAAAUGGAUCCCAAAACCAACUUCACUUUUGCCUACAUGUCAGAGAGAUCGCUGGAAGAUGAGAUCAACCGGACGACGGCCGAGGACAUCCCCAUCUUCAUGAUCAGCUACGCUGUAAUCUUCCUGUACAUCGCUGUCGCACUGGGCGAGUACUCCUCCUUCAAACGCAUACUGGUGGACUCAAAGUUCCUGGUGGGUCUGGGUGGGAUCCUGGUGGUCGGCUGCUCCGUCCUGGCCUCCAUGGGCUUCUACGCUUGGGUGGGAAUUCCCUCCUCCCUGGUCAUCCUGCAGGUGGUGCCCUUCCUGGUGCUGGCCGUCGGAGCGGACAACAUCUUCAUCUUCGUCUUGGAGUAUCAGAGGGACGAGCGGAGGCCGGGGGAGGGGCGGGAGCAGCAGAUCGGCCGCGUCCUGGGCAGCGUUGCCCCCAGCAUGCUCCUCUGCAGCCUGUCGGAAUCCAUCUGCUUCUUUCUGGGGGCCCUGAGCACCAUGCCGGCGGUGAAGUCCUUCGCCCUGUAUGCCGCGCUGGCGGUGCUGAUGGACUUCCUGCUGCAGAUGACGGCCUUUGUGGCCCUGCUCUCCCUGGACGUGGGCAGGCAGGACGCCAACCGCUGCGAGCUGGCCUGCUGCGUGACGGUGUCCGCCCCUCGCCCACACGCCGCCAGCCAGGGCGUCCUGCUGCCCGCCAUGAAGCGCUACUACGCCCCGGUCCUGCUGCACCCCGUCACCAGGGUUACUGUGAUGGUGCUGUUUCUCUUCAUGUUCUGCGGCUCCAUCUUUCUGAUGUUCCACGUGACUGUGGGUCUGGACCAGGAGCUGGCCAUGCCCACGGACUCCUACAUGCUUGACUAUUUCGCGUACCUGAAUAAGUACUUUGAGGUGGGUGUCCCCACGUACUUUAUCACCACACAAGGCUUCAACUUCACCACAGUGGAGGGCAUGAACGCUGUGUGCUCCAGUGUCGGCUGUGACCCUUUCUCCCUCACACAGAAGAUACAGUACGCCACAGAGUACCCAGACCUAUCCUACCUGGCUAUCCCAGCAUCCUCUUGGGUAGAUGACUUCAUAGACUGGCUCAACCCUGCAUCCAAGUGCUGUCGGAUUUAUACCGAGGGACCCAAUAUAGGGGAUUUCUGUCCUGCUACUGAGACUGUGAAUUCAUGUUGGAGACGGUGCGUGUUCCCUCCUCUAAGUGGGGUCCUCAGGCCUUCUGUGAAGAAGUUCAACAGGUUCCUGCCUGACUUCCUGGGUAACAGGCCUGACCUGCAGUGCCCCAAGGGAGGUCUGGGAGCCUAUGACACUGCAGUGCAGAUGGACACCAACGGAGAGAUAGUAGCCUCACGGUUCAUGGCGUACCACACACCGCUCACCAACUCCCAGGAGUUCACGGCGGCCCUGCAGAUGGCGCGCGAGCUGGCCGCCAACAUCACCCGCAGCAUGCGCAAGGUCCCCGGCACCGCGCCUGACUUCGAGGUCUUCCCGUACACGGUGACGUACGUGUUCUAUGAGCAGUACCUGACCAUCGUGCCAGAGGGCCUCUUCAACAUCUCCCUGUGCCUCCUGCCCACCUUCGUGGUGUGCUGCAUUCUGCUGGGCCUGGACCUGCGGUCCGGCCUGCUCAACCUGCUCACCAUCAUCAUGAUCACCGUGGACACCGUGGGGGUCAUGACCCUGUGGGGGAUCAGCUACAACGCCGUGUCCCUCAUCAACCUGGUGACGGCUGUGGGAAUCUCGGUGGAGUUUGUGUCUCAUCUGACGCGGUCCUUCGCCCUGAGCACGUUGCCCACCCGAGUGGAGAGAGCCAAGGAGGCUACCGCUAACAUGGGCAGUGCAGUAUUUGCAGGCGUUGCCAUGACGAACCUGCCGGGGAUCGUGGUGCUGGCGUUCGCCAAGGCCCAGCUGAUCCAGAUCUUCUUCUUCAGACUCAACCUGGUCAUCACCCUGCUGGGCAUGGUGCACGGCCUCGUGUUCCUGCCCGUGCUCCUCAGCUUCUUCGGGCCUGACGUGAACAAGGCCGUCCUGUUUAAUCGGCAGAAGGAUGCUCAGAGGGCGUCGCACGUACACGAAAACGGCGGGUUUGAAAACGGGGGGUUUGAAAACGGCGAACCCAACGCACAGCUUCCGUCGCCGGAGACGAAGAAGGCUCCGUCGCAGACCGAAACGAUCCUGCUGUGA